UUGCUGUCAUUACUGCUCACAGUGGGUUUCCUCAGGGCAGAAGUUUCAAUCUCAAACUUGAACGAUGAAGACAGGGGCGUCCAUGUUCUCUAGCCAAUUCAGUUGAUUUUACCUCGCUCAGCACACAUACCCUAAGCACUUCCCCAGGGCAAGGCUGACCGACAUUUUUAUUAGCAAUAAUCUCUGCCUUCUUCUGAUUAUCUGGAGAUUUAAGACCACAUAAUCACCCUCCACGUCAGAGGGGUGGGGGAAGAACUGGCUAAGAGGCCCCAAAUCCCUCCUAACACUUGCUUCUUCCCUAUCAGCAAGAUUAGAGCACUCAUGCCUCUCGGCCGCUAGUGUUCAGAUCUGGCAGGCUAGCCUGGGCUUUUCCAGGCCAGGAGGAAGAACAGCUUUGAGGGUAAUGUCUGGGGCCCCGGGUAGGCUGGUCUCUCUGAGACAGUGCAGGGCACUCUAUCUGUCCUUCCACCGGCAGUGAGCAGACCAGGAACCCCAGACAAACAGGAGCCACAGGCAAGUGGCCUGACUCCCACAGCCAUGCUGAAACAGAGCAACGAGAGGAGACCGUCCCUGAGCUACAAGCCCUGGACUAUUCCAGAGACCGAGGAGGUGCCCAGCACCAGGAGCAACCAACAUCGCAGGAGCAUCUGCUCCUUGGGAGCCCGCACUGGCUCUCAGGCCAGCAUCACACCACCGUGGACCUACAAUUACUACAUUGAGGAAGAUGAGGACGGCGGGGAGGAGGAAGAGGACUGGAAGGAUGACCUUGCGGAGGAGAACCAGCAGCCAGAGUGCUCCACAGCCCCUCUGGAUGGCCAUACUGACACUCCAGUCCAGCUCUCCACGCUGAAAGUGAACGUAGGCGGCCACAGCUACCAGCUGGAAUGCUGCGAGCUAGCCAACUACCCCAAAACGCGUCUGGGCCGUCUGGCCACCUCCACCAGCCGCAGCUGCCAGCUGGGCCUGUGCGACGAUUACGAGGCACAGACAGACGAGUACUUCUUUGACCGUGACCCCGCGGUCUUCCAGCUCAUCUAUAAUUUCUACAUAUCCGGGGUGCUACUGGUGAGAGAUGAGCUGUGUCCCCGCAGCUUCCUGGAGGAGCUAGGCUACUGGGGCGUGAGGCUCAAGUACACACCACGCUGUUGUCGCAUCUGCUUUGAGGAGCGGAGGGACGAACUGAGCGAGCAGCUCAAGAUCCAGCGGGAGCUGCGUGCACAGGCACAGGCCGAGGAGGCCGAGGAGCUCUUCCGGGACAUGCGCUUCUACGGGCCGCAGCGUCGCCGCCUCUGGAACCUCAUGGAGAAGCCCUUUUCCUCCGUGGCCGCCAAGGCCAUGGGGGUGGCCUCCAACCUCUUCGUGCUCAUCUCCGUGGUGGCCCUGGCGCUCAACACGGUGGAGGAGAUGCAGCACCAGGCCGAGCAGGGCACGGGUGGUGGGGACCCGAGGCCCAUCCUGGAGCACGUGGAGAUGCUGUGUGUGGCUUUCUUCACCCUGGAGUUCCUGCUGCGCCUCGCCUCCACCCCCAACCUGCGACGCUUCGCGCGCAGCGCCCUCAACCUGGUGGACCUGGUGGCCAUUCUGCCCUUCUACCUGCAGCUGCUGCUUGAGUGCUUCACGAGCGAGGACCAGAGGGGUGGCAAGGGUUCCCCGAUGGAACAUGACCUGGAGACCGUGGGGCGCGUGGGCAAGGUGGGCCAGGUGCUGCGCAUCAUGCGCCUCAUGCGCAUCUUCCGCAUCCUCAAGCUGGCACGCCACUCCACCGGGCUGCGUGCCUUUGGCUUCACGCUGCGCCAGUGCUACCAGCAGGUGGGCUGCCUGAUGCUCUUCAUCACUAUGGGCAUCUUCUCCUUCUCUGCAGCUGUCUACUCGGUAGAGCACGAUGUGCCUGGCACCAACUUCACCAGCAUCCUCCAUGCCUGGUGGUGGGCCGCGGUAAGCAUUUCCACUGUGGGCUAUGGAGACAUGUACCCAGAGACCCACCUGGGCAGGCUUUUUGCCUUCCUCUGCAUCGCUUUCGGGAUUAUCCUCAAUGGGAUGCCCAUUUCCAUCCUCUACAACAAGUUCUCUGAUUACUACAGCAAGCUCAAAGCCUACGAGUACACCGCCAUCCGUAGGGAGCGGGGAAAGGUGAACUUUAUGAAGAGAGCCACCAAGAAGAUGGCUGAAUGUCUAUCUGGAAGCAACACACAGCCCACCACAAGGCAUGAGAAUUAAUACUUCAUUAGGACCCAAGGCUGCUAGACCCCAAGAACUUCAAAGCUUCAUUGCUUCUUUUAAAAUUAUGGUCCCCUCUGGCAGCAAAGGGGCAUGUGAAGCUGGCACACUCAAAGAGUGUUCUGUUCAAAGUUCUAACGCUAGGAAUGCUCAUUUGGGUGCAAACUCAAAAUGCCCCACAUUGUUCUUCAACUGGAUUGUGUUUGUGGAUGACGUUGGUACUGGAAAUGGCUCCAAGGGGGCAACAUUUUAGCUAUCUCUUUUAGCUUUUCAUGGCAUCCAGCUCAAUAUGUAUUUUUAGACUUGAAUUAACGGGAGAUGAGGUUUCCUAGUUCAAAGAAGGAGGGAGGGCUCUUAAUUUUCCAGAGAAUGGAGUGUUACAGCAAGAGCUAUGUAAGCUUUGGAGUCAGACCAACCUCUCAGUCAGGAUCCCAGAUCUACCAGCUCGGAGAUUUAUGGGAACUUACUUCAACCCUCUGAGCCUCGGUCUCUUUAACUGUGAGAUGUACAAAGUCGCACUUACCUCUUAAUCUGAGUAUUGGGAUUGGAGAUAACCCUUGUACGUGCUCAAUAUGUGAUGGCUGUUCAAAGUG